AUGAGUGCUGGCCCCCAGCUGCAGCUGGCUGUCCUCUGGCCUUGGCUGCUCAUGGCGACCCUGCAGGCAGGACUGGGCCACACAGGGCUGGUGCUGGCGGCGGCGGUCGAGUCGGAGAGGUCGGCGGCGCAGAAAGCCAUCAUUAGGGUGAUCCCCCUGAAAGUGGAGCCGAUCAUACUGGAAGGGGAGUUUGCAAACGUUGCAGAGGUGACGCCGGCCGAAGGAAAACUGCUCCAGUCCCACCCGCUGUCCCUGUGCAACACCAGCGAGGAUGAACACACUGAAUCGGGAUUCAUCACCAUUGUCAAGCUUGAACAGCCGGAUCGGGAUCCCAACCCCUGCCUGUCGCUGGCUAACAAGGCAAAGCUGGCGGGGGAGCGUGGAGCCCGUGCAAUCCUUUUUGACAUUACCGAUGAUGAAAGUGCUGCUGAUCAGCUAAGAAAGCCCAGAGGUCUGAGUCAGCCUGUGGUUCUGAUCAGGGGCCACGAUGCUGAGCUUCUCAUGGGUGUCGUGAACAAGAACAGAGAAGCCCACGUGAAGAUAGAGGUCAAGGAGCCACCAGCUUGGCCAGACUACGACGUGUGGAUUCUUCUCACGGUGGUCAGCACCGUGGUUGUCAUCAUUUUGAUUUUUGUUGUCCGCACGAAGUGCCAGCUGAACAGGACUCAGGACUCCCUGCAGCAGCAGACCAUGCAGGCCAUCGGGCAGCUGGCCACGCGCGAGUACCAGGCAAGGUGCCGGCAGGCGUCGCGGUGGGACUCGGCCAGCAGCUGCAGCUCAGCCCCGGUCUGCGCGAUUUGCCUGGAGGAGUUCAGCGAGGGCCAGGAGCUGCGGAUCAUCUCGUGCUCCCAUGAGUUUCACCGGGAGUGUGUUGACCCUUGGCUGCAGCAACACCACACGUGUCCGCUUUGCAUGUUCAAUAUUCUUGCCAGAGACUCGGUGGACCAGGUCACGGCUGCUGGCUCCAGGCUGGCCCCUCGGGACAUGGAGCCCGGACGGCGACUCCACCUUUUCCGCCAGCACCCGGGACAUGCCCUUUACCACCUCCCACACCCGUAUCCUCAGAGGAACCUCAGGAGCUUUCCCCCGGAGCCAGCCCAUGGCAACCCCUUCUUCCACUCUCCGGAGCUCUCCCAGCUGGAUUUUGGCACCAUCCACUACAUGCCCUACAGGCCAGCCACCUCCCUGCUCGCCUGCGGCCACCCAUCCCCGGGCUUGCUGGGCCAGCAGCAUCCCAACCCCUCGGCGUGCGGGCAGACGCUGCCACCCCACAGGACUUGUUCUCUCCAGCCCCAGCCCCCCUGCCUGGGGCUGAAGGCAGCCCUGGCGCAGAAGCAGCACCGUGCACCCGCCCUGCGCCGGGGGAUCGGCCAUGGGCACCAGCACAACAGCAGCGGCUCCGGGGAGAGCUAUCUCACGGAGCACAGCGGGUACCUGGCAGACGGGCCGGGCAGUGACUCCAGCUCAGGGCCCUGCCACGGUUCCUCCAGUGACUCCAUGUUGAACUGCACAGACGUCAGUCUGCAGGGCAUCCACGGCAGCUGCUCCACUUUCCGCAGCUCCCUCAGCAGUGACUACGACCCCUUCGUGUACUGCAGCUCGGAGGGACCCGCCACAGACAAUGGCCAGGAGCAGCCGCGGCAGCCAAGGGAGACGCGGCCCAGGUCCUUGGACCUGAUGGUGCCUGGGGGUGCUGCUCCAGCCAAGCCCCAGGUGCUCAGCCACGUCCACUACCACCACCACCAGCACCAUCACUACAGAAGAGAUGCAGAGUGUCCACCCGGGCGAGCCGGGCAGGGGCCUGGGCAGCGCAAAGCCCGGUACUCUGGGGCCAAAGUUGGCUUCCAUGGUGCUCGGACACAAAAAAGGGCUGAGAAAAGCCAUCACUGUCAGCAGCCUCUGGAAAGCAGCGCUGUGCUCCGGGAGGCAGCUCCGGCAGGACAGCCAGCCUGUCCACAGCAAGGCCGGGAGCCCCCUCAUGCCCCCUCCGCUUCUCCAAACAGGUUGGACUUCAGUGUAGAGGCCAACAGACAAUCCGGAGCAGCUGGCACAUCCCCUGUGUCGCUGCCCCCGAGACACAGCUUACAGAGCCGUCAUCACCGAAGGAAAAGAAAGUGUCCCCUGGAGCCCGACCCCGCUCUCCUGCCCGAGGACUCAGCCUUGCCCAAAGCCUGCGAUGCUCACGUUCCUCACAGCCAUCCCGCUGGCUACCACUGCUCGCCCGAAGUCCAGCCCCUGAUCCCAAGCGCUCCCCUGCCCUGCAGCUUGGGCUCUCGGCCGCUCUGGAAGUGUUUAGUGCCGCAGUCCGGCUCAGAGCUGAAAAAGCAGGAGGAGGGGUUGUCAGGACGGGAGGGAAACCGCACAGUUCCUGCUGAUUUCUCAGGGACGGGCACCCACAGACAGAGUCUGAGUCUUCACCUUCACUGCCCGUCUCAGCAGGGUAGUCAGGGAUCUGCAGAAGAGGUCCAGGAUAUCCAUGAGCACUCAGUUUAA